CCCAAUCCGACCGUUUUGCGGCGACUGCGAUCGGCGGCGAUGGACUCUUCCCGCAUGCAGGAGCUCAUGAGCUCGUACUACGACCUCUCGGACAAGGAGGAGUCGGUCAACCAGAGCAAGAACAUCGACGCCCCGGGCUUCGUCGCUGACGACUACGUCAAGGGGAUGCUCGAGCGCAUGGGCAUGGACGACCUCCUUCGCCGCGAUGACCAGAUGAUCAAGGAGAUCAAGGAACUCGACACGAGCAUGCAAAUGCUCGUCUACGAGAACUACAACAAGUUCAUUAGCGCCACGGAUACGAUCCGCAAGAUGAAGACGAACGUCGAGACGAUGGAGUCGGAGGUCAAGCGCGUCGUCGAAAGCAUGGACAAGAUCACGCUCCAGAGCGAAAACGUCGGGAACGCGCUCGCGCCCUUCCGGUCCAAGGUGGAGAAGCUCGUGGGCGUCCGCCGGCUCUUAAAGCGCCUCGAGUUCAUUUUUCAGCUGCCCCAGCGUCUCAAGAGCGCGAUCAAGGCGCAAGAGUAUGAGAAAGCGACCAAGUACUUUGUGAUCGCCAACCGCAUCUUGAAGCGCUACCAGCACAUUGCCUCGUUCAAGACGAUCCAAGUCGAAGCCGAGCACAUCAUGGUCGGUCUGCGCACUAUCGUCCAGAAGAAGCUCGACGACGAUGCCACGACGGCAACCAACGUCGAGGAGUAUACGACGCUGCUCCUCGACUUGAACGUGAACGCAGUUGAUGUGCGCCAGCGCUUUCUCCAUUGGCAUCAGCGUCGGUUUGAGAAGAUGCUCGCGUCGUUCCAGCCAACGAACGACCAAGCGCUCUUGCCCGUCAUGACCUUUGUCUCGUCCAUUAGCGAGACGUUUGUGCCGGACUUUCAUGAGGCAGCGCGGGCGUUCCAGCGCAUCUUUGGCGCACUCGAAGCGGCCGACCCCAACCAUCGGCUCGCGUUCAACACGUGCGCAACGGCGUGGUACGAUACGUUUGCGAGUCUCUGCGAGGCCCAGUGCCAGCGGCCGCUCUCGGCCUUUACGAACGACGACAACGCAAGCUCGAGCUCGGGAUCGAAUGGCUACGGCAUCCUUAUGCUCGUGCUCCAAACCUUCAUUGACCGCACGGCGACGCUCGACGGCUCCGAGCUGCCCCUCACUGACGUGCGCGCACGGACACCCCAAGUCGUGGAGGCGGCGAUUCGCUACCAAGUGGACGCGUCCUUUCUUGGUCUCAAGCGCGAGUUUAUGGAGACCGUCGGGCAGUUCCACGCGCAGCUCCAGACGUCCAUCGUCGUACCGCCUGUCGCGUCCAAGCUCGCCAGGUCGUACGUCGAGCGUAUCGAGCAAACGCUCCAGCGCAUGCAGCCGCUUGUGGGCACGGCCGCGCAUCUCGUGCCCGACAUGACACGCGCCUUGUCCGACCUCGUAUUGAAUCGCUUUUGCGGAUUCCUCCACUGGCUUGCGCGCACGCUGCUCGUGUAUAUCGAGCCAACGCGGGUGCAAGCGGUCCGGCGCGCCGACGCUGCGCGCGCGGACGACAUUGGCGCACCCGAUUUGGCUGUCACACCUUCGUUCCUCGUGCUUCUUGCGUGCGUCUUUCGUGACUUGAGCGCGACGGCGAUCCCCCACUGCAUCCAAGUGCUUGUCGAGUGCUUGCCCGUGUUUGACACGAUGGACCCGGCAACGAGCUUGCGGAACGAGAGCUCCAAAGUGGAUGCUGCAGGCCUCAUCACGCUUGCGACCGACGCCUCGUCGGCCUUCUUGCACCACUUGUGCAUGGGCCACGGUAUGCGCCUCGGCGCGACCUUGCGCAAGGGCAUGGAGGCCCAGAACUGGCUCGACGCGAAGGAGCCGCGCUCUGUUCGUGCCACCAUUGAUGCACUGGUUGACGACAUGGUUCAGAUUGCCAAGUCAACGGCGCAGAUUUUUGGCGAGCCACUGCCCAACGCCCGCACGGCGAGCGGCGGCAUCCGCGACUUGCGCCGCCAGAAGACCAACUCGAGCAUGCGUCCGACCGGCAGCGGUGCACUCAAGCAGCAGCAAGCAACGUCCUCGGGGCACCUCUACAUGGACAUUGCGCGCAUCUUUGCGAAGAAGAUCCAAGUUUUCCAAGGCGCGUCCUUUACGUGCAGCCUCGAUAGCGUCCUCGCCGCGACGUUCAAGAUGGCGUUCAAGGCCUGGGGCGAGUACGUUCGCUUGCACACGUUUGGCAAAUGCGGUGUCCAGCAGCUCCAAGUCGACACGGAGCUCCUCAAGUGGAUGGCAGCGACGCUCGUGGCAACCGAAAAUGGCCUCCAUGAGCUCGAUAGCUUGCUCACGGACGUGGUCACGAAUGCGAUGGAGCGCGCGCUCGAGCCUGGCCUCAUGGAAGAGAGCGUUCUCGUCGCCAUUGUCAGCACGAAAAAAGGCUCGAUGCGCCUGGACCUCUAAUCUCCCAACGAUGCUAGUAGUACAUGCAUAGCUGGCGCAUUGAAUCUUGCACCCAGGAUGAUGAUGUGCACUCCAAC